CAUCGCUGCAAACGUGGAUCGCGACUUUCAUCAAGUGCAUUUUCUUUUAUGAAAUAAAAUUAAUCAAAAAGUGCAUUUACAAACCGCUGUUCUUACAAUGGAUACCAGUUUAACGAGCAAGCAAAUUCGCGACAUUUUCUUGGAUUUUUUCCGCGAAAAGGAGCAUCUCUACGUGCAUUCGUCGUCUACAAUCCCCCUGGAUGACCCGACAUUGUUGUUCGCGAAUGCCGGCAUGAAUCAAUUCAAGCCGAUUUUCCUGGGCACCGCAGAUCCCAACAGCGAGAUGUCCAAAUGGGUUCGAACUGCGAACACCCAGAAGUGCAUUCGUGCCGGCGGCAAGCACAACGACUUGGAUGACGUGGGCAAAGAUGUUUACCAUCACACGUUCUUCGAGAUGUUGGGAAAUUGGUCGUUUGGCGACUACUUUAAGAAGGAAAUUUGUACCUGGGCAUGGGAAUUGCUUACGGAUCGUCUGAAAUUGCCCAAAGAUCGUUUAUAUGUGACGUAUUUCGGAGGUGAUGAGAAAGCUGGGCUUCAACCCGACCUGGAAUGCAAGGAAAUUUGGAUUAAAUUGGGAGUAAAACCCGAACACGUCUUACCCGGGAGUAUGAAAGAUAAUUUUUGGGAGAUGGGCGAGACAGGUCCUUGUGGCCCAUGCUCCGAAUUGCAUUUUGAUCGCAUCGGCGGAAGAAGUGUCCCCGAAUUAGUCAAUAUGGAUGAUCCGGAUGUCUUGGAAAUUUGGAAUUUGGUGUUUAUUCAGUUCAAUCGCGAGCAAGAUGGCAGUUUGAAACCGUUGCCGAAAAAGCAUAUUGACUGCGGAAUGGGUUUCGAGCGUUUAGUUUCCGUUAUUCAGGAUAAACGAUCGAAUUACGACACGGAUGUCUUCAUGCCUUUGUUCGAGGCGAUCCAAAAAGGCACAAAUGCCCCGCCAUAUCAGGGUCGGGUGGGUGCCGAUGAUGUCGAUUGCAUCGAUAUGGCAUAUCGCGUAUUGGCUGAUCACGCUCGUACCAUCACAAUCGCCUUAGCAGACGGCGGAAUGCCCGAUAAUACGGGACGUGGAUACGUUUUACGUCGAAUUUUGCGACGUGCAGUGCGAUAUGCGACUGAAAAGUUGAACGCCAAGCCCGGUUUCUUCGCUACUUUGGUAGAUACAGUCGUGCAAUUGUUGGGAGAUACCUUCCCGGAGUUGCAUAAAGACCCCCAAAGCAUCAAAGAUGUCAUCAAUGAGGAAGAAGAGCAGUUCCUAAAGACCUUAACGCGUGGUAAAAACUUGUUAAAUCGCACAAUUGCCAAGCUGGGCGACACAAAAGUCAUUCCGGGAGAUGUGGCAUGGCGAUUGUACGACACCUAUGGCUUCCCAAUUGACUUGACGCAGCUAAUGGCGGAAGAAAAAGGUCUCACAAUUGACAUGGAGCAGUAUGAAAAGUCGAAACAUGACUCGUACAUCAUGUCACAAGGCAAGGCUGGUAGUCAGAUUUUGACGAUUAACUUGGAUGUGCAUGCCAUUAACGAGCUAAAGGAGGCAAAAGUCCCAUUAACUGACGAUUCUUUCAAAUACAAGUACGAAGCGGUAUCAACAGACCCCGAAUCUGAAUACAAAUUCGCGCCAUGUCGCGGAAAAGUGCUCAAAUUACGUUACAACAAUGCAUUCGUCGAUGCCGUUACCGAUGGACAAGAAUGCGGCGUGAUUUUAGACAAAACAAAUUUCUAUGCCGAAUCCGGAGGACAGAUUUACGAUCAAGGUUUCUUCAAUAAGGUCGGCGACGAAGGCACAGAAUUCUCUGUUACGCAAGUUUUUAAUCGCGGAGGGUACAUUUUGCACAUCGGAGUGCCUGUGGGCACGUUAAAAGUCGGGGAUGAAGUCGAUUUGCACAUGGAUGUCAUGCGGCGAUGGCUUACGAUGAAAAAUCACAGUGCCACGCAUGCCUUGAAUCAUUCGUUGUUGAAGGUCCUUGGGCAAGAUACGGAUCAGCGUGGAAGUUUGGUCGUGCCAGAGAAGUUGAGAUUCGAUUUUACCAACAAAAGUGCGAUGACAUUGAAGCAAGUUGCCGAAACGGAGCGUCUCACGCAGGAAGUUGUCAAGAAAAAUGUCAAAAUUUAUGCAAAAGAAGCGGAGUUGGCGAAAGCGAAGAAAAUUGACGGUUUGAGAUCCGUUUUUGAUGAAGUUUAUCCGGAUCCGGUGCGAGUUAUUUCGUUUGGAGUGCCCGUUGAGGAGUUGGAAGCUGAUCCCGAGAGUGGAAAAGGCAAAGACGUCUCCGUUGAAUUCUGUGGCGGCACACAUCUCCAACAAUCCGGUCACAUCAUGGAAUUCGUCAUCACCUCCGAAGAAGCCAUCGCCAAGGGAAUUCGUCGCAUGAUCGCUCUCACGGGUCCCGAAGCCAUCAAAGCACUCAAACGCACGGAAGUCUUCGAAAACGAAAUCAACACACUCAAAACCGCCAUCGAAUCUGACGCCAAUGGCGCCGAUUCCAAAUCUCACGUGCGUCGUAUUGUCGAACUAACGGAAGAAAUUGGCCAAGCCACGUUGCCAUAUGUGAAAAAAGACGAAAUGCGAAAUGUACUUAAAGCACUGAAAAAGACGCUCGACGACAAGGCGAAACAAAUGCAAGUAACGAUCGCCAAUGCCGCCGUCGAAAAAGCAAAGGAACUCGCUGAAGGCAAUCCCGAUGCGAAAUUCCUCGUUUACAAGUUGGAGGCACUCAGCAACACAAAAGCCCUCGAUUCGGCAUUGAAACAAGUCCAGAAAGUCGAUAAGGAGAAAUCUGCACUUUUUGUUUCCGCCGAUCCAGAAGCAAAGAAAAUUGUCACGUUGGCUUACGUGCCAAAAAGUGCCGUGGAGAAGGGUUUGAAGGCAAACGAAUGGGUGCAACAUAUUUCCGCCGAGAUGGGAGGUAAAGGAGGCGGCAAAGCAGAAUCUGCACAAGCUUCUGGAAGUAAUUUUGAUAAAAUUGACUCAGUCGUUGAAUUGGCACGCAAAUUCGCAUCCUCGAAAUUGGAAUAAAGUUAAUGCAUUUUUUGUUUAAAAUUAGAAACGCUAUUUAGAACGACGCCUUUAAGGCCAAUACAAGUUUCGAAAAUGUUUUGGAUUUUUAUCUGCCUAAAUUUUUGAGAAAUUCUCAUGAAGGAUAUUUCUUAUCGAGCAUCUAAAAUUUUAAAAACGUUAAAUUUUUGGUUUAUUUUAAUCGAAAUUCAUAAAAAAUUUAAAUUUUCAAAAAAAUAUUUUUUUUUCAAAUUUUUAAUUUUUUUUUGAAAAAAAAAUCGAAUAAAUAAUAAUUAAAUUUCAAGUUUUAUCUAAUUUUUUUUCUAAAAACAGAGAAAAUAAAAAUUUAAUUUUUCAAAAAAAAAAAAAAUUAUUACAAUUUUUUAAUUAAAUUAAGAACAUUUGA